AUGGCGUUUUGGGAUAACAUUCCAACCCAAGAGAAAAUCCACAGAGAUGAAGAGUCGAAACUCCACGUAAUCAUCGUUGGUGGAGGCCUGGGUGGUUUAGGGGCUGCCAUCGCUACCCUCCUGGCAGGACAUGACGUGACAGUUCUCGAAGCGGCUUCCGAGAUUGGCGAGGUCGGGGCGGGGAUACAGGUCCUCCCCAAUUCUGCACGGGUCCUGUUCUCAUGGGGCCUGAAAGACGCUCUAGAACAAUACGCCACGAAGCCCACGCAGUGUAACUUCAUCGGGUGGAGGGGCAAUCGCCUGUCGGACAUGGACUAUGUCGCAUACGCUUCAGCCACGGGUGCCCCGUUCUGGGAUUUUUACCGGACGAAUCUUCACAGAUGCCUUCUCCAAAGGGCAGUGGGGCUGGGAGCAAAGCUUGUCACGAACGCCAGAGCGACUGAUCUUACCGUGAAUACUCAUCAAUCAACGUCGACGGUCAUCUGUGCGGAUGGGAGGACAUUUAAGGCGGAUCUUGUUGUUGGUGCAGAUGGCAUCAACUCGAAUCUGCGGGAGGUAUUCUUGGGAAGAGAGGAUCCUCCCAUCCCGACAGGUGAUCUGGCAUACCGUCUCAUGCUGAACACCGAGGAGAUGCGGAAAGACCCAGACCUCCGCGAGUUCGUCGAGGAGCCGCAGGUCAACUACUGGGUCGGACCGGGAAAACACGCAGUCAACUACGUCCUCAGGGGCAAGGCAGCCUCAGGUCUGGACUACAGCAACGACCCGACCCUCCUCUUCAACAUGGUACUACUGGUACCGGACGAUAUGCCAGCUGGCGCGAACACAUUAGAAGGGAACAUCGAAGAGAUGCGAGCCCACUUUGCUGACUGGGACCCGCGAAUCCCGAAGUUACUGUCAAUGUGCAACUCGGUGUUGAAAUGGCGCCUGAUGAUCCGCCCUGGGCUGGAGCCGACGUGGUCUCAUCCUUCGGGAACGUUCACCAUGCUCGGCGAUGCAGUGCACGCUACGCUCCCAUACUUGGCCAGUGGUGCAGGGAUGGCUCUUGAGGAUGCCGGUGUUCUUGGACUCUGCCUUGGCCGUCUGAAAGGCAAAUCAUCAGCAGAGAAGAGGAACGCACUGGAGGUGUAUGAGGCGUGUAGACGAGAGAGGACUGAGGAAGUGGUAAGGAGGGGCACCUACAACCAGUGGAUCUACCAUUUGGAAGACGGCGUCGAGCAACGGGAUCGUGACUCCAAGUUCAAACUGUUCGGGGAGUUGGACAAGCAGUGGCUGAGUGAGAAGAAUCCCAUUCUGCCUACAGCAAAGGAGACAGGGGAUGACCCUUUCCCUUGGCGCUUCGAAAUGGUCACGGGCGGAAGGAACUGA